CCGGAGACGCACGGCAUGGCUUCAGAGAGAGGUCCUUCACACGGCGAUGAAACACUGAGGAGGAGAAUCGAACCCUGGGACUUUGUGGAAACCUUUAAUCCCAGAGCCCUCCGUAAAGAGACCUACCUACUCUAUGAAAUCCGGUGGACAAGCAGCAAGAUCUGGCGAAACUCCAACAGAAACACCACCCACCACGCAGAGGUUAAUUUUAUAGAGAAGCACACUUCUGAAGGACGCAUCCGCCCACGCACCAGCUGCUGCAUCACCUGGUUCUUGUCCUGGAGUCCCUGCUGGGAAUGUGCCAGGGUCAUUAAGGAAUUUCUAAGUCAACACCCAAGGGUGACACUGGUUAUUUAUGCAGCCCGGCUCUUUUAUCACAUGGAUCCCCAGAACCGGCAAGGACUCAGAGAUCUGGUCGCCAGUGGUGUCACAAUCAAGAUCAUGGGCAUGGCAGAGUACCGUUACUGCUGGGAGCAAUUUGUCAACUACCCACCAGGGGAAGAAGGUUUCUGGCCAAGGUACACACCUGGCCCCAUGAUGAUGUGUGCCCUGGAACUACUGUGCAUAAUUGAAAAUCUCCCACCCUGUUUAAAGGUUUCAAAGAGUCAUUAAAAUCAGCUUGCAUUUUUCAACCUUACUCUUCAAAACUGCCAUUACCAAAGGAUUCCACCUGACUUCCUUUUAGCUCUAGGACUGAUACGGCCUUUUGUGGUUUGGAGAUGAAUAGAAUGAUUCUUUCUGUUCACACUAUUUCAAGAACAAACCACUCAUUGCCAAGUGCAUGUUCUUAAGAAUCUAGAAAUUGGAGUUGCUGGGAUCAGUUGGUCCAAGUCUUCCGAGCACCUCCAAUGGAAGGACAGUCACCAAGGAUUUGGCAACAAGGCCCAAAAGGUCGUUGUCCAAGACAAUGAAUGUUGACAUGGACAGAGUUGAUGUUGAAAAUCGGAUGGAACUGAGGGAAAGUCAUGGCCUAUUAAUCAAGUGUCACAAGUUCUACAUACACUCGAAGAUCUCUCUGCAAGAGCAGAUGCAGUUAAGGAAGAAAAUCUGAAGAUCAAAAUCAAAAAACCAUGUUCUUCUUGGACAACAGAUAGAAGACCUCAUGUCAGAUUCUAGUAUAUUUCAAGUAACGGAAACAAACAGAAAGAGAAAUAAAGGGAUUAAU